UGUCAUCCCGUUCCAGGCGUAUAGCGGGACAGGGGGCGAGAAAAGUCCGAAGGUAGUCCUGUCCGGUCAUGGCCUGCGAUCCUUAUUCCUAUGCGGAUGCUUGCGUUGCAUCACCAGCGUCAUCUCAGCAGAGGUCUGGGGUCUGGCGACAACGAUUUUUCGGCAGCGAUCCCUCAUCAACCCGGCCGAAGUCCCACCACGACGCCUGGUUUGUUUGGGAAUGAAAGGAAACGGAGAUCACGGCUAAGUCUGGAGUUGGAUUGGCAUGUCAAAGCAGUUAGGUGUUGGACCGCUCGAAUAAAGUCUUUGAUAUACCGUUGCGCGGUCGGUGCCGUUGGAUAUCAAGGGCCGUCAGGAAUAUUGGCCACUGGACAGCGUGUUCCGCUGUACUUGAUUAAACGUUUACGAGGACCGAUGAGAACGGGCGGUACGGGUUCCACAGUACUACGACCGACCGGAGAGGUGGCGUGGGAAGACGAGGUGGUCCAUCUUAUCAAUGAAAGCAAGAGAGAAUGGCAAGAGCAAGCCUCUACCGGACGCUUGCAUGAACGAGCUCCUAGUCAGGCUUCUUGUUUUAAGUUUUCUUGGGGUGCGGGACCGCUGCUUCGAUUGUUGACCAGGCGGGUGCCAUCAUCCCGUUCGGGAUAUGGUAUUGUAAGAGCUAGCUGUGGUAUUUGAGGUCCUUUGGAUUGUGCCCCCUGGAUGUCUCUUCUCCGGACCUGGAGUUCGCUGGACUUGGAU